GAGUCUGUAGACAGCCGGCUGGCCGAGCCAUCGGUUCGGAGAGGAGUCGAGCGAGGAACUCGUUUUAGUUGCGUCCAAACGCUUUAGUCUUUAAGUUAACCCAGCGAGUGCGAUCGCAGGAACCAAUUCGAAAUUCGAGAAAUACCAGGCGGAGCUCUGGCCAAGCUGUUGACUCUUUCGCGGAUUGGCGGCAAAUGCGAGCAACUUUUUGGUUUUGGCCACAACGAGCUCAAAAGUGAGAGUGCCCCGAGACAGAGAGCUGCUCCAAUUCUCCAGCUACCAAACUCAAACUCUCAGCUUCUGCUGAGAAAGCGGAAAGAAAGUGAAGAAACGAGUGGAGAUCACGGCGAUUAUUUAAUCCACAUUCGCCUUCACGAUCAGCAGGCAACGAACCCUGGCUAAAUAGAUUCGGAGGCGCAAAUUAAUGGCGCUAACUUAAAAAUCCGGCCCUCCCCGCUCCAACCCCCAAAAAGCGAUGACAGUUGGGCGGAGAAAAUCGAAGAAACCGAAGAAAAGUAUUGGAAUUUUAGAAAAACAACAAGACUACCGAUCUAGCCCAGAGAUCCAAAAGAUACAAAGCAUCAAAAAAAUAUAAAUUGAUAAUUUAGAAAGCCAGCUGCAUACCAAAUAAGCUAGAUCCGGAGAGGCGACACCACUCUCCGCCGUCGAGUUGGGUCAGUUUGGUGUUCAGUUACAGUCCAAGAUCGGAGGUUACACCCUAUAGUCUCAAAUUGUGCUUUCUCCUCUCAACGCCACGAAUUUGUUUACAAAAGUGCACUUGCAACUUUUACGGGUGCCUAAGAGUUAUAAAUAAAAACAGUGAUAAUGAUACGACACACGGUCCUUAUAGUGCUCAUUUCGUUGGUCAGUGUCGAUUCCGGUCCAAAUACCCCACCCACCAUAUCCCCACCUGCCACCACCGCACACAUCAGCAACAUGCCACAACAAUUCCCACAAAAUCACCAUUACAAUCACAAUCACAACAUCAGCCACAUUAGCAGAGGAAGUGUUUCCAAUGGCCGUGAUAAGAGAGGCGCCAAUUCCAACGCAAAUCCGAGUCCGAAUUUCCAACUGGAUCAGAGCGAGAUUGCCCGCCAGAAUCAGAUAACGCAACAGAUAUUUGCCAACUAUUUGGAGCGCCGGUUGUUUCCCAAUCGCACUGGGAACCAAAAGAUUCCCACCAUAGCCGAUAUUCUGCCAAAGCCGAAGCCAUCGCCCCGUCCCAGACCGCGAGGAUUUGCGGCCAGUAGUGCGAACUUCAAAAGGAGCGGUGGCGGAGCUCAAAGGAAUCGUCUCGCAGCCGUGGCAGCUGGAAAAAGGCCUACCAUUCCUAGUCGGAAGAAGAUCGAGGAGGAGGUGGAAGAGGAUCUGGAUGGGGAUGUGGAUGUGGAUGAUGUGGAGCGGGAUCAGCAGUCAGAUGCCAACCAGGAGGACUUCGACGACGAUGUCCAGGAGUCCUUGCAGAGCGUGGAGUCGGAGCAGCAUGAUCAGUACUAUGGCAAUAUAUUUCAUCGGGAUCCCAGCGAAAAUGAAAUAGAUGCAGACUGCCCCAACUGUGUGGACGAGUCACAGUACACGCCGAACAAAUGGACGAUGCCGUUGCUGAAGCUCGGGGAGAAGCGCUACUACCUCGGCAUCUUCUUCAAGGCAAACUGGUUCAAAGCGACACAAUAUUGCAGAUACCAUGGCAUGCAUUUGGCCAGCAUUUCAUCACAGGAAGAGAACGAUAGACUGGAGAAGCACAUACGUGACUUUGGCCUGGGCCACGAGCAUUUCUGGAUUUCCGGCACUGACCUGGCCGAUGAGGGCACCUUCUUCUGGAUGGCCACCGGCCGGCCAAUAACCUUCACCAACUGGAACGCCGGCGAGCCGAACAAUUUCCGCUACGAGAACGGAGAGGAGGAGAACUGCCUGGAGCUGUGGAAUCGCGACGGCAAGGGCCUCAAGUGGAACGAUUCGCCCUGCAGCUUCGAGACCUACUUUGUCUGCGAGGUUCAGCCCAAUUAGUGGGAUGAGGAAUCUAUAUAUUCACCCGAUGUUUAGGCCAGAUAUCAUCCAGCUAUAUGUCGGUGUGGGCACAAUAGUAAUUAACUAGUUUGGGGCGGUUCGGAAAACCAAGGUUAAAAGCGGUUUAUCGCCAAAGUGAAAGUGGAAAAGUGAAUGUGGAAAAUAGAAAAGUUUGCACGAUCAAAAUUUGCGUAUUUUAAGAUUACUAGAUGUAAGUGUAAAAAAAAAUCUUGUUGAUAAUUAGCUAGCUAGUAAACCUAAUUAAAUUAUGCCUAGGAUCGUUUGUAUUUUCUCAUGUAAAAAUAUGAAUAAAGUGUAUCGUAAACAAUGAAA